AUGGGUCGGUCGAGUAUUUCCAUCAGACGCCUGACGGGCCAUCGUUUUGAACAGCUUCACGACAUGCCCGAGUACGGAAAUGGGAUGCACAAUCCCAAUGACGUUACCAUUGACAUCCCUCUGACCGAGACAACUAGUCGUGGUCAGACUGGGGCGCGCAAAUGGGCUUCCAAUACUACCCCCGUGGACAGCACCACCAACACCUCAGAGAAGGGCCCCAUGAUAGGUAAUCACAACCGGGGCCCUGGACGCAGGCGUCGCACCGAUACCGAUCUCAAUGAGUUUUCUGGUAAGCGCGUCGAGGCUCCCGAGGACGGUACUAUCAAUCGCAUGGGCCGUGUCUACCAAGCUGUCCUGAAUUACUCCCUCAUCACUCGUUAUCUCAUUUACGUUAUUCCAAUCGCGAUUUUGAUCGCCAUUCCCAUCAUUGUUGGCGCGACUGUUGCACAGAACGCCAAAAUCGGUGGUGUCCACCUCUACUGGUUCUUCACUUGGAUCGAGAUUGUCUGGUUCAGUCUAUGGUCAUCUAAGAUCUUCGCUCGCUAUAUUCCUUAUUUCUUCCAAUUCCUCUGCGGUAUCAUCAGCUCCGGUACCCGCAAGUAUGCGCUUAUUCUGCGCGCCCUCGAAACCCCUCUCGCUCUUCUCUUCUGGGCUAUUAUUUCGCUCGUGACUUUCUUGCCUGUUAUGACGCUUACCCCAGGCAAGAAGGAAAGCGGUGAUACAGCUCCCAAGGCCUGGGAGAAGAGUGUCAAGAACAUUCUCUUCGCUCUGCUGAUUUGCUCUAUCAUCUACCUUGCGGAGAAGACUCUGGUUCAGUUGAUCUCAAUCAGUUACCACCGCAAGCAGUUUGAUGCCAAGAUCCGUACUUCCAAGCGCAACGUCCACUUGGUCAGUCUGCUCUUUGACGCUUCGCGUAACAUGUUCCCCGUGUACUGCCCGGAGUUCAAGGAGGAGGACUCGCUCAUUUUCGACUCCUUCCUAGCCCAGGCCGGUGUCAAGGGUGGCAAGCGUUCAUCCGCCAUGCCUCUUCGCAUGAUCCGCCAGGUCGGCAAGAACGUUGGCCGAGUCGGUGACAAGGUCACUGCUGCUUUUGGCAAUGUUGCUUCCGAGCUCACUGGCAAACAAGUCUUCAACCCGACCGCAACCCACACUAUGGUUCUGCAGGCUUUGGAGCGCAAGCGCUGUGCUGCUGCGCUGGCCCGCCGUAUCUGGAUGUCUUUUGUGGUCGAAGGCCGUGAGUCCUUGUUCUUGGAGGAUAUCGUUGAAGUCCUCGGUGUUGAGCACGAAGCCGAAGCCGAGGAGUGCUUCAACGCUCUUGACCAGGACGGCAAUGGUGAUAUUAGUCUUGACGAGAUGGUUCUGACCAUUUCCGAGUUCGGUCGUUUGCGCAAGGCUCUCAACCACAGCAUGCAUGACGUUGACCAGGCUAUCCGUGUUCUGGACAACCUUCUCAUGUGCGUUGCUGGUUUGGUUGGUGUUUUGGUCUUCAUCUCGUUCGUCACCACUGGAUUUGGCACUGUCAUUGCUGCCGGUGCCACCUCCCUGCUCUCUCUCAGUUUCGUUUUCUCUGUCACUGCCCAGGAAGUCCUGGGUUCGUGCAUUUUCCUCUUUGUCAAGCAUCCCUUCGAUAUCGGUGACCGCGUUGAAGUCAGUGAUAAGCCUUUCAUCGUUGACCGAAUCUCGCUGCUUUUCACUGUCUUCCGUAAUGUCACCGAUCACCGUGUCACACAGGUACCCAACAACAUUCUGAACAGUCUUUGGGUUGACAACUUCACCCGUGCCAAUGCCAUGCAUGAGCAGCUCACUGUCCCCGUUGCGUUCGACACAAGCUUCGCUGAAGUCCAGAUGCUGCGUCAGGAAAUGGAGAACUUUGUCCGUGACAAGGAGAAUUGCCGUGACUUCCAGCCUGAUGUCGACAUUGAACUUGGUGGCGUUGGUGACAUGGACAAGCUUCAGCUGCGUGUUGAUAUCCGCCACAAGUCGAACUGGUCCAACGAGACUGUCCGCGCUGCCCGUCGGUCCAAGUUCCUGUGUGCUCUCGUCCUGGCCGUUCGCAAGGUUCAAGUUCGCGCCCCGGGUGUUGCCGCUCCCGAGGAGGCCGCUGAUGGUGACGACAAAGGCGACGAUGCUGGUGCGGGCGAAGGCAAGCCUAGCCAAGAUGGUACCGACCCUAAGCCUGCUGCUGCAGCGGCAGCAGGUGCGGGCUUGAACUUUGAGAACUCUGCUCAAUCGUCUGGCUUCGACCAACCCCGUACCGGAACACUUACCCACCGUGGCUCCACCCAAACCAACGCUGAGCGCGAAGCCGCUAUUGUUGACAUGCUCAACUCUCGCUCGCCUGCAGUGGACAUUGGUCGUGACGAUGGCGGUGAUCUCCACCGCACCGCGACCAACGCCUCUACCCAUGGUAACCAAUUGAGUGUGCGCAACGGCGCAACGGGCGGCAACAUCUCUCGUGGUCUCUCAACCGGUCAUCGCAAGGCCGGCGAGCGUGCCUCCUAUAUCAACCAAGACGCCCCUCCUGUCCCUCACACAGCUGGCCUUUCCCCCGUCCCAGCAGGCAUGACCCCAUCAACCAGCCAAGUGCCCAUCCUAGAAACCCCCAACCCUGGCUCCCGCGGCAGUGCCCGCUACGAGCCACGCCCUCACUCCGGCCACGGCAACCAGAGCCAAAUGGCCACUGUCCAAGCCGUCGGAUCUCCCGACCCGGAGGCCUACCAGGGUGGAUUCUACAACCAAACCGGUGGCUACAACCAAGUUUCGGACGAGCACCGCGACAUCUCAGGCAUGACCGCCCACAGCAACUACGAGAUCUCGGAUCGCUAUGAUCCUGUCUCGCCACCUUCUGCAAGCAUCUACUCUCCACCCCAGAACAUGCCCCCUUCCGCCACUGCGACCAACCCCUUCAACCCCAGCACGCCUGCGCAAGAAGGCACCCCCGCCUCCCGCCGGCCUUCUUUCUUGGCGAAGGCUAUGAAGAAGAACAAGUCACCUUAUGACGAAUGA